AAAAAAAAAAACAGAUAGAGGAAACAGAGGGGUGACUAGAGAGAGAUAUACUGGGAUGGCUCAACUGGGAAGACUGCUGGUAAGGCAAUGCCCCGCGUUGCAGCACCGCUGCUGCUCCUGCGUCACACUCAAUCAUCUCUUCUUCUCAACCUCACUUCCACUAAGCACAAACCCUAAUUCCCGCCGCUCUUCUUCCCCGGUAAUCUACUUAGCUACUCGCGGCGUCCAUAAACUAGUCCGCGGACUCCGACCGCGCGACGCUCCUCCGGCGCCGUCCGAUCUCGACCGUAACAGCAGCGGUUCCGAUUCGGAGUCGUCGAUUACAUAUAAGAGCCGCAACGCCUUGAAACGCGACGCUCGGCGAGCCGUCCGGUGGGCUAUGGACCUCGCGUCCUUCUCCACACCUCAGCUCAAAUUGAUUAUCAGAGUGGCUUCUCUGGACCAAGACGUAUUGGAUGCUGUUAUGUUAGUGAAGAGAUUUGGGAAUGAUGUGCGAGAAGGAAAGCGAAGGCAGUUCAAUUAUAUUGCAAAAUUGCUACGAGAUGCGGACCCUGAGUUGAUGGAUGCUUUGAUUCGCGCUACAAAAGACUGCGACCAAAAGAAGUUGCAAGAUUUAUGUGGUUCGGAGGUGUUGAGCAUUGACGAUGAGGAAGAAGAAGAAGAAGAAGCUGAAGAAUCUGAUAACGAGGAAGAAGAGGGUUCUCACAUUGAUGUAGCAACCAGAUGGGUUGAGGGUAUGAUCAAUAAGGACACUAAUAUCACCAAUGAAGUUUAUUCAAUUUCAAAUGUUGAGUUUGACCGUCAGGAAGCAUUGCAUUCUGUAUCUUGGCUGUUUGCUAAUGUCAGCCUCACAUUACAGGAAUUGCGGAAACUGAUCCGGAAAGUACAUUCAGCUUUGGAACGCUCAAGCAAUUCUGAGGAAAAUAAGGAAAAGAUUGAUGAAGCGGUAGUGGGUGCCAAAAAAUCACUCACCAGGUUCCUACGUGCCCUUGCUAAAAGUAGCCUAAUGAUUACUCUAUAAUGUAUAAAUUUGUAUCAUUAUUUUCUAGUCAAUACAUUAUAAUCUUGAAUAAUUUGAAGCAUGCAUUUGUUUUUCCUGAGUUCA